AUGACGUGGAAUGACUUCAUAAAACGUUGGGAGAAAAGUCCAGAAGAGACUUAUAUUCACACACCGGAUAUUCCAGUCAAAGAGGUCACCACCCUCGAAAUCCAAACGGAAACAGGGGCUUCACCCUCACCGAACCCUAGUGAGGCUGAGUCAGACAUAGUUGUGGAAACCAUAAGAGGGAUGGUGAAACACCACCAUGGUUACUAUACGGACAUUCGUCGGAGCUUACUAGCCACGCAGAACUGCAUCAAAGACUUUCAAGGGAUCUCCAAGACCCGGAUGAAGAGAUUACUGCACCGGGAACAGACUCAGCAUGAAAAAACAUUGGGAAAAUUCACAGAACAUCAGUUAAAGAAAAUUAACCACAUCAUAAUCUCUGGGAACAAAGUUUAA